GUCACUUGUGCGCGCGAGGGGCUCGCGGCGGCGUCUCGCGUCUUCGUUUCGCAGAGCAGUUUCCACGGGAUCUGAACGCAGUCCACCCACGGGACUCCGGUGCACCUGAAAAAGACAUUCCCAUGAGAACUUACAUCUCACUUUAGUUCAUUUGUUCAUUUUUUUCCUUUUCAUUUUUUUUUAUUCAUCCUCAUUAGUACAUUUCUCCAUUUAAAAAAAUAAUAAUAAUUUUGAUGACUAUUACUAUUUUUUUAUUCGUAGCCAGCCAAAGGAAUAAACGCGUCGCUCUUCUUUCUGCUGCUCUUCUGGGAGACCGCUUGUCUUUGGAUUGAUACCGCCUUCCUGGUCAUUUGCUGGACGGAUCGGGGAUUAUUCUGUGCGUGUCGGUGUUUCCACGGGCAAGGAAGGCAUCUGCGUGGGUCGCCCCCCCUCCCCCUGCUCCGUGGGAUGCGCUCCCUUCUUCUCGCCGGAGACAUUUGAAUGAGAGACUGUCGUCUCCCUGCCUUUAACGCCUCUCCUCGUGCAUCCAGGAGGGCAUCGGGAUCUUUCCCGGCGCGUGAGCUGCGAAGCCCCGCGAGCUCGACUCGAGCGCGAGCGCCGUGCUGCUGCCACGGCGCGGGACUAACUCCGGGACAAGUCUCUUUUCACAGGGAUAAAUCUGGGUGCCCUCCUCCCUCCCCAGGAUCAGGAUUACAGAGUUUGGCCUUUGUGACCGAUCGCCAAUCCGAGACACAUUUUCCUAGAUUAUUUCCUCCUUAUUUUUAUAGUUACAGUAAUAAUAAUUAAUAUUGCCAGCGCACGCGACCUGCAGCGAUGGGGCUCGCGACGUGGAGGUAUUACCUGGGAGUUCUGCUGGUCGCGUGCAAGGUGGACCUGCCCCGCGCGGUUACUCUGGAGUCCAUCUACUGGAACACGACGAACACCAAAUUUGUCCCAGGCCAGGGGCUGGUGCUGUACCCCCAGAUUGGGGACAAGAUGGACAUUGUGUGCCCCCGUGGGGAGGCCGGACAGGUCGAAGGGGUGGAGCUGUAUAAACUGUACAUGGUGGAUCGCAAGCAGCUGGAUACCUGCACAGUCACGGAGGCCGACACACCGCUGCUGAAUUGCGACAAACCCGACCAGGAUGUCAAGUUCACGCUCAAGUUCCAGGAGUUCAGCCCAAACCUCUGGGGCCUGGAGUUCUUCCGAGGCAUCGACUACUACAUCAUUUCGACAUCCAACGGGACCCUUGAAGGAAUAAACAAUCAGAAAGGAGGUGUAUGCAAGACCAAAUCCAUGAAGAUUGUCAUGAAAGUAGGGCAGAAUCCCUUGGAUCCAGUAUCACCAAAAGACAACCCGACCAGAUACCCGCCUAAGUACCCCGACACAGAGGGAAAGGAUACUCCCCACAAACAACCAGGCGACACCGAGGGCAACCGUGAUGCUACGGUGAAGGACAACGAAACAGAUGACCAGGGUGGCAGGUCGUCAAGCGUCAUCGGCUCCGAGGUGGCGCUUUUUGCUGGAAUUGCUUCAGGCAGCGUCAUCUUCGUGGCUGUCAUUGUCAUGCUUGUGCUCCUGUUGCUGAAGUACCGCAGACGGCACAGGAAGCACUCUCCGCAGCAUGCCGCCGCGCUGUCCCUCAGCACACUGGCUUCGCCAAAACGCAGCGGAGGAGGAGGCAACAACAACGGCUCGGAGCCCAGCGACAUCAUCAUCCCGCUUAGGACUGCCGACAGCGUCUUCUGCCCUCACUACGAGAAGGUUAGCGGAGACUACGGCCACCCCGUCUAUAUAGUACAGGAGAUGCCACCCCAGAGUCCCGCUAAUAUUUACUACAAGGUUUGAGCUCCACCAGAUGGAUCUGGAGGGGGUCCUGUCCUUGUUUUUAGUGUUAUUAUUACGGUUAUUAAUAUGAUUAAAAUUAUUACGAUUCCGAAGAACUCCUAGCUGCUCUGUGGGUUUGGGCUCCCCCUGGUGGCCCGGUUGUUUGUGCACUAAGACUGAUGCCAUGGAAUGAUCCGGUGGAGCGGCACGUCAGCAGAAAUACGCGGCGGAUGGAGCGCGGAAUCUGCAGGGACAGAGAGAGGACGCCGGAGCAACGGCGGCCGGGCUGUCGCCUCUUUGCACUCUGGGAUUCUACCCAGAUCUUACUCCUGCAUUGGACAGGAAUGAGGGGGAGAGAGACGGAGGGAGAAAGAGGGGACGGAAAACCGGCCAACUCCGAGCUCGUUUCUGCGAAUAUCGUUCAUCGGCGCUCUCGGCACUCUGGGGAAGAGAAACGGGGGAGGAUUUGGAGGACGAUUCCUCAGUGUUGACACAGGGAUCUGUACGUGACUUUUUCAACACCUCGGCGGUCACUCACCCAUGGAUCAUUUUGUUUCAGUUUCCCUCUUCGCCUGCCACCUUUUUUCAGCCUAAUGAUUCUCAGUAUUGUUACUUGAAGGUUUAACAUGUCCUUUGCCACUUUUGUAAAUGUAUGCAUUUCUCCCCCUGGGUUUCAUUCACUGUUUGCUUGUAUGUUAUUUCAAUACUGGGAAUCUCGCAGAUCUGUCGUGGAAAUUUGAGAGCGGUUUAUAAGUGACAGACGUGUCAGUGAUGGAAACAGUGUAGCCGCGAGCUGGCGGUCCAGAGCGAAUGUCUAGAAGACACAGGAAGUAGGAGAAGGAGCUGAGGGAGGUGCAGGGGUUGAGGGCAGUAGGUGAGAGCAUGACCUGUUUGUUUAGUCUAUGGGCGAGGCCUCCUCACCUGUUGGGCGGCUGGUCUGCAGUCACACGGCGGUUAGAACAGCACUUUUUCUGGUUCCUUCACCAUACCUCUGGGUAGGUUCCUGGCAGUAUCGAAGAAACCUCUUGGCGUCCACAGCUUAAGGUCUGUUUAGGUUUUUAAAUACUAGUGUCUUCACUUGUCCAGUACUGUACCCCCAGGAAGGAGGACUAAGCCAUAGUCGUGGUCCAAGUCUUUCUCAGAGCGGGGUUCUCGGUAUUUAGGGAGCUGUGGGUACAGGCAACAGAUACCUGCCUUACUACUGUGUUACCUGAGCAAGAUAAAGGAGAAACGCGGUGUCUUUCGGCAAGCCGGCGAUUUGGGCCUGGGUGCCGUCCUGCGCAGCUCAGCUUGCAUUUCAAGGUCAAAGCUGCCUGGUGCUCUCUUCAACACGCAAAGCACAGGAAUUUUAAACUCCAUUCGCUUUUUUUUUUUAAAAAAACCUUUCUUGAAAGAGAAGUAGCUCUACAUUUUUAAGGGAGAUUUCAAGAAACUAGAAGAAAAUGAAAAGUUAAGUAUUUAUUUAUGAUAGACACAUAGAGGACAGGAGUUAUUUGCGAGUGUGUGAGAACUUUAAUAAUAUAUUAUGGUAAAUGCACAUUAUGCAAGAUAGGGUUUGCUUUUCCAAAAUGCAAGUUUUCUUUCAUUCCCACAUGAAUGUCUCAGUUGCCUUUUUUUAAAACACAGGGCUGGAGAGGAGAAAGGGACAGUUAAGUUGGACUUGUGCCCUUGGGAAAAUAGUUCUGGUCCAAAAAUAGAGAGAAUGGUGUAAGAGAGAUGGUGGUAAAUCGGACCGGUCGGACCCAGUGUUUGCCCAGAAUAUCCCACGCUGCUUCGCACUAGAAUCUCCAAAACAAUGAAGGGGAGGUUUCCAAACCUGCCCCGACCUCUACCCCGCAAGACUUCUCUUUUUUGUUUUUACUGCAUUUUUGUUUUCGUGCCCCCCGCUCCUCAUCCCAAGAGACUCAGCUGCAACGCAGCUAUUUUUAAACGUUAUUACACAAAAAAGUUGCAUUUCUUAUUCCACACACGUUACUUGCUCCAGGCAACUCACAGGAAAUUUGGGAACACAGAAACAGCGUAAGAGAAAGGGGGAGCAGUGCUGACAUGGCCCCAGGUUACGACUCUCAUUCACUUGUGUGUUUCUCACUUCCCACACUUCUUGAGUUCAAAUCCCACCUUCCCUCAUUGACUACAUCACUCCCACUAAGAGAAAAAAGCCUUGAGAGUUUGUGUCUCAGUUUGAGGCUACAAUACUGGCAAAUAUGCAAUUUUUAUUUAUUUUUUAACUUAAAAAAAAAACUAUACCCAAGGAAAGUGUUCUUAAACCACUGAUAAUGAUACACCUUAACAAGCGACGUUUGUUCUGUGAAUCUGCUGUUAGUUUCUUCUUUUUUUUCUAGGGUGAUUUUUUUUUUCUUUCCUAAGCGUUUCUUUAGCAACUCUGUUUUACUGUGCUGUCGUUAGGAGGUAAGCUGUGAAACACAAUGGGAGUUGAAUAAAUUCAUCUGAGAGGUUAUUUAAGAAAAAAAAAAA